GCUGGCUGCUGAUACACACAGCCGCGCGCGUGCCCCUCUCUGUGUCGCUCUCUACAGCACCACUCCUCGGCCUUGUGUGCGAGUGACUACUACUUAGAGAACUGUUAAGACACAUUGACCGAAAAGAUAUUGAUUAGCUAAUGGAACAAGACAGUGACAGAAAAUAAGAUAUUGAUUAUCUGAUAAGACAGUGACAGAAGAGAUAUACGAGUAGCUGAUGCGGAGCGGAAGUGCGUGUUUAUUGGCAUCAGGUGUGACGGAACGAGCCUGAGCCGCGUGAACUCCAGGUGUGAGGCAGGUGCGGGAGCCAGGUAGACAGGCCAGGGCGCGGAGCAGGGCAUGGGCGGGAGAGCAUGAGUGACCAUGGCUGUGGCGGGGGGAUCGGUGGCGGCGACUCCUCCUCCACCGAGCGUUCCUCCCACACCUCCUCCACUACCCUCCUCACCGACCCGACGAGACAUGCUACAGGCAGGGGCGGCGAAGGCUCCAGCUGGAGGACUACCCCGAUUCUGGAGGCCCUAGCCCGCCCCGCCCAGCUGUCCAGCCCCUCGCUUGCCGCCCGGAGACUUACGCGAUGGAAACGAAUUGCCUCGGACGACAUGGAGAAGUGCAUGGAGGAGCAGGAGGAGUCUUCUUCCCCCAACGAGACGCGGCAGAACACAGUGGACGAUGGGGUUGAGGCGGACACGGAGGAGACGCCCGGGGACAGCGUGGACAGCGGAGGGCCGACCAGGGGUAAGGAAAAGGGUUCUGAGGUCCCGCCGCUUUCUGACUCCGAGGAGGACUCAACGCACGUGCUGAUGCGACCCAAGGACCCAUACAGGUGAGGUGUGGCGACCUGUUUGAACACACACACACACACACACACACACACACACCAGCAUGCCCACCCACCACACAUUUCCUCUCUUGACUCCCAUUAACCUUCCAUGUCUCCCACCCACCCUGUUCCCUCUGUCACGGAACCAUCCUUUUCCAACAAUCACUAAACCGCACAUUCCACUUCCAACAAUUGCUCAUUUGACUAUUUAAACUCACGUCUACCUUAAAACUCCUUUCUCUGCCUUCCCCAAAAUUUCAAAAUAUCCACAGUUAAUUUAGGCACCAUCCAUUCAGAAGGGUUCCUAGGUUCCUGAUUACUGAAGACACUCAGUCUGCCUGUGUUACUGCUCUCUCCACUAU